GGACUUUUUUGCACUAGUUUAACGCACCAACAAAAUUGAACUAGCAAUUCAAUAUAAUACGUCGUCAGGUUUUGAUUCCUUUUACUUGUUUCGAAUCUCUCAAGGACUUUAUACAAGAUUACACACACGGAUGGGUAUAAACCGAAAGCAACAUAUUAAUAACUUGGAAGAUUGGCAAGGCAAAUAUAAUUCAGGCGAAACAAAAUGCUAGCUAAGGUUUUGAUGGGUAUAAACCGAAAGCAACAUAUUAUAAGCAAGAUGGGUAUAUAAACAUAUUUUUGUUCUUUCAUUUUCAUAGAGUUUUCGUCUGUUCUAUUAAAUCUCAAGUACAAAACAGUAAUUGUAUAUUUUAAAGUGAUUUCUUACUAACUUUCAUUUCAUUUUAAUUAAUUAUAACUAUUUCAUUUAUCCUAUUUUCUAAAUAAUUCGACUUUAUUUAUUACAAAAGUACAAAACAUAACUUAACUACUUUGAAAUGUUUUAUUAUAUCUUUUAUAUUUUUUCACUCUUUUUAACAAUUUCACUAAUUAUUUUUACUAUAAUAUUUUGACAUCCUUUAUUAUCAUAUUAACCAUAAUAAUUUGACAUGUUUGAACAAAACUGUUUCAUUUGUGGCAAAAACUCAAAAUUAUUUACAAAGAGUUUUUUUUUUAAUAUUUGUUUUCAUUAUUAGUUAGGCAUAAACUUUCGGAUACCCAUUCAGGUACAGUUAUUUCUUUCGGAUAUCAUGUUUUUUUUUGGACUUUGAAAUUAGACUCCACAUGAAUUUUCCGGUAGAUCUUGGAUUUCGAGUAAGGUCCUCCAAGUCCGUAUGGAUUUGUUUUUAAUAUCUAAAAAUUAAUGUAUCUGAAACAUCUUCGGAUAUUUGUACUAAAAAUAACCUUACUAAACUAUUCGGUUUGAAUAUUUUAAAUCCAAACUAAAGAAAUCAACGAUCUAUUUCCCCACAAAAAAACAUCAUAUAAUAUCAGAUAUCGGCCAAAUUAUGACCUGAUGCUAGUAUCCCCUGAAUCAAAAGUUAUAAACUUAUUUUUCUCCAAUUCAUAAACUGUAAACUUAUUUCUGUUGAAACCAAUAAUUUAAAACUUAAUAACCCAUCGACCAUGGUUUUUACUGGUAUACACUUAACCAAUCAAAACUCUAAUUUUUUUAUUGAUAUAUAAGAAGUUUAAUUAAAAAAAAUUGAUUCCCAGAAAAAAUUGAUUCAUCAACAUGUAUGCAUCCCAAUCUCUAACACCUACUCUUCUCCAUCCUCCCUCCGCGGUGAAAGUCACCGGUGAGGAGUAAACUCAAACCCGUCGCAAUUCGCCAGUCCUCCCACAGCUCUCCCUUCCACCGCCAGAUCCAACGAGGUCGUAACAGGCUGUGAGAGAGACGAGAACGGCCAACAUUAGGGAUGUGAGAGAUCGGUCAAAGUCAGAAUUGAGAUUUGAGAGAGCGGCGAGACCGGUAUAAAGCUAGUCGAGUUUUGUUCUUAUGCCAUUUGAAGUUGAAGAUUUGAUUGCGUAUGAGAGUGUAAUCAAUGAAGAUAUUGCUUCAAUUUCUCUGUUGAUACUGAUCUUCGGUUAAUGUGUUUGACAAGAAAGAGAAAGAGUCAAUUUUGGUGAAUCAAUUAUAUACUUACAUAAAGUUACUGAGAUUUGGCUCCAUUUGAGAUGAAGGAAAAUGUAUUUAUUGAAAUGAAUCAAUUUUUGUAUGGGACUCAUUUUCUUUGUUGAUUUAUUUUUUUAUUUUUUGAUAAAAUAACUUUUAAAAAAUAAAAAUUAAAGUUUUGGUUAAGUUGGUUGGUUAAGUGUAAACCAGUAAAACCCAUGGUCUAUGGGUUAUAAAGUUUUGAAUUAUUGGUUUAGAGAGAUAUAAGUUUUUAGGGAGAAAUAAGUUUAUAACUCUAUAUUCAAAGAGAACUAGUACGAGAUCAUAAUUUAGUAGAUAACAUAUGCUAUAUGAUAAUUCUCAUGGAGAAAUAGAUCGUUCACCAAAUUAAAAAUAACUAAAUAACCAAAAAUAUAUGUUAUCCGAUUUGAUUCUAUAUAAAUGAACCUAAAAAUAUUCAAAUACAUAUACGAUUAAUUUUAUGAGAACACAUAAAUUAUAUAACACUAAUCAUAAAUUUUUUUUUAUAAAAGGUAAAAGUUUACACCUAGGCGGGCAGCUUAAUCUCUAGUUUUCAUCUUUAAAUCAGAACAUAAAGUUUAAAGUCAGUCCAUUAUAUCAGGUAUGGAUACGAGUCAGAAUAUACUAUAAUUAUCAAUUGUUAAAAAUGUAAAAGUUCAAAAAAAAUUAUCUCGCCUAAAAGAAUUUUAUACCUACCCCAUUGCUUUUGAUAUUAUGAAUUGAAUUGUUGUGGUUGUCAAUUCGUUGAGUUGUUUGGUUCUAGUUGCCUAACAUGUACACACUAUUUUCCUCCUAGUUUUGUUACUCCUGAUUAUUGGAAAGAGUUUAAUACUGGUUAAAGUAAUUGGCUUCUCUCUUCUCAUUAAUACUCAAUCAUCUCAUAUCACUGUAGCAUGAUCACACUACCGAAGAACAAAAAACAAUCAUGUAGUUUAAAUUUUGGUCUUUUGGGUAAAAUGUUCAAAGUUAAGCAUUUACUGAUCUUAAGAAUGUGAGGUCGAAAUUUUAAUUUUAGCCCAUAUGUCGUUUAAUUAAAAGUCAUAAGCAACACAAGUCACAUGUAGGUUGUCUUAGUCUAUGUGAAAAAUGCAAUUUUAUCCCAACAAUAUUGUUUUAUACUGUGUAAACUUCAACAUAAAUUUCACAAACUCUAUACAAAUUCAUCUCCCAAUAACCUCCUAGAUUAUCCAAUUGUAAACAAUACAUAACCCCCCCAAUAAUCUGAUUUUUGAUAUAUGAAAUUAUCAAUAUUAGUAACAUGAGGGGAAUAAUUAUUUGCAUCCACAAAUUAUCUAAAUAGACCACCAUGGUUGCUGCAAAAAAGACCACCAAAGUUAAAUUUGUUAAAAUUAUCAAAAGUUAAUCAAAAUCACAAUCACACUCGAUAAUGGUUCGAACUAUUGUGAAUUUGUGCAAUGAAUUUAACUAUCAAUCUAGUUUUGUUAAAGUAGUCCCCAUAUGAUUGAUUUAGAUAUCCAAAAUAUAUGCACUUUAUCUGUAUUGUAUUCAAGGUCAAUUAAAUAGAAAAAAUAUUUUUACAAAUAAGCAAAAGUAAAUCAAGAAAAAAUAAAGUGCAUACAUCAUUUCUAACAUUAUUGUCCACAAGUGAAUUAGUGAUCAAUACAUUUUAGAAUGAGAUAUAGAAAACAAAAUAUCUAUAAGCCACUAUCUAACCAAAAAGUGAUAUCUCCUAAAAAUUAUUUGGGAAGUGAUUUUUUUAAAUUUUGCUUAUAUGUCAUCACCACAUUCAUUUUGAAAGAAAAGUCGAAAAGAUAACAUGAUUUCUCUCUUAUUAAUUAUUAUGACAUGUACAUGUAAAAAUUUGAUGAUAAUACUUUGAUUUUUGGUAAAAUUAUUAAAAUAAAAUAAUUACAAAAUCUGGUUACAUACUAUAAACGUAAAUUAUAUUUAUAAUUAUUAUUAAAUUAUAAAAAUAAAAGAACUGUUAAUAUAAAAGUUUCAUUAAAAUGAACUUAUGUUAAAAGAAGUAAGUAAUUUCGUAUAAUUAAUUAUAUUUUCAUAAUAAUUACUUAUAAAAAUAUUUUAACAAAUAAAAUAUGAAAAUUUUGAUUAAAAUUUAAUUUUUAUGAAUAGUUAAAUAUUUAAGUUAUAAUUGGAUCCACUUGUAUAUAGAUGAUUAAUUCAGUUUUAAAUGUAUUGAAUUUAUUUGGAUUUAAAUGUUAUACAAUAAUUGUUGUGUGAUAAUUAUUGAUUACAAAUAAAAUAAAUAAAUUUAAUUGAUGCAAUAUAUUUCAACAAAAAAAUCGGGUUGGAAGUAUGUUUUUAUAUAUAAUAGAAGAAAUUGUUUAUUUUAACUUAAUUUUAAUUUGGAUUACUAAUUUUUUUUUUUGGUCAAAAAAAUUACUAAUUAACAUUUGGUAUUAUUUAUCUCUUCUUCACUCUUUUUUUUUACUUAAAUAUAUAUAAAAAAAAUAUUUAUCACAAAAUUUAGAGACAUAAUUAAACUGGCUUUUUAAAAAAUUGUACAAUUUGUGGAAAUGGUUGAUUUUUGUGUAGAUUUGACUCUAUCCUGUGGAUUUUAUUCUUGUUUUGUUCCUUUCCAUUUCCUUUGAUUCAUGUUAUUCUUCUUCUUCUCAUUGUUCAUGUAUUGGCUACAACUUACUACUCAGAGAAGAAAUUUUAUAUGUUACCUACCAUUUCUAUGCCUCGUAACAUUAUAUAAAUAGACACUAAGACAUAUAAAAAAUCUCAAAGCACAAUCAUAAAACAUAUACAUCGAGUACAAACUGUAAAAGACAUGACAGUAUCAAAGACAACAUUGCUUAUUGUUCAGGUCGCACUCCUUUCAUGUGUCUGUAUAUCAAACGCAAGGGAACUAAUGAAACCUGGACGAUAUGUGCAAGAUUGUGCUCGAGCAUCAUGUCAACCAAAGCUGGCCCAACCAAAUCAAUAUUUUGGGAGUUGCUUUAAAAAUAGUGAUUGCAAAAAUAGUUGUUUUGAUUCGUGCAAAUUUCAAAAAUGUACUAAUCACCAAUGUGACUGCGGAGAGUGUUAAAAAAAUUUGAUCAUUAAUUUACUUCAGGAAAUAAAUCAAUAAUGUUUGAUAUGAUGCAUGCACUUUA